AUGCAUGUCCUCGACAUGUUGGGUCCUGCGGCUGCACCGUUCUUGUUGCAGAAGCCGGGGCUGCAGCAAUCUUCAGAUGCCGUGCACGGCCUCGGCAGAUGCCUGGAUAUGGCAGGGGACGAGGUCACUAGCGAGGCCCUGGAGGUGUUGGAGGCGGUCUUGAAGGGCCGCGAGGAUCCGCUUCUUCGGGUCUGCGCCGCAGAAGCCCUGGGCUGCCUCCGCCUGAAGGAUAGCGCUUGGCCGCUGCAGCGCGCAGUGGCCGAGGAUCCCGUCGGUGCUGUCCGCGCCACUGCGCUGCAUGCCCUGCUGCGGCUGCUCACUUCCGGGGCGCUGGAGCAAGAG